UUUUCCCUUCCAUACGGUACCGCACUGUUAUGUGUACAGUUUGUUGUACUCUUCCUUUCUCCGUCUUGAUUAUUACUUCUAAGAGUAAGGUCUAUCUAUCCAUCACAAUCAUAGGCAAGACAAAUGACAGAUGUCAGCUCGACAGUUGUCUUUCAGUUUUCAUGAUUGACGAAUGGUUUUUAUUUUAAAUCAAGAAUAAAAUUUAAAAACUAACAUUAUGUCAGAUAAACAAUCAAAUUUACCAACUAAUGAAGAAAUAAUAAAUGAAAUAACACAAGGAGUAAAUUCCGGAUUAUCAGUAAAUGAUAAUUUAUCUGCUGAAGAUGUAGCAAAAAGUGAAUAUAAGGAAAGUAUUCCAGAAAAUUUCGAAAAAGGAGAUGAAGACCCUGAGAUAAAGAAACACUCGGAUGAUUAUGUAGACGAAGAAAGAUUAAAAGAUUUAGAAAUAAACCUAACACAUGAAGAAAUGGAAAUUAGACAUAAAAAGUCUUUAGAACUUAAGAAAACUGGUAAUGAGCAAUUUAAAUUAGGCAAUCAUAUAGAAUCUAUUAAUACGUAUACAGAAGCUCUAAGACUUUGCCCUCUACAGUACCAAAAUGAUCGGUCUAUUUUUUAUGCCAAUAGAGCUGCUUCUAAAAUUUCUUUAGGAAAGACCGAGAGUGCACUUGAAGAUUGUACUAAAGCUAUUGAAUUAAAUGAUAAAUAUAUAAGAGCAUAUUUAAGGAGAGCGAAACUGUAUGAAGAAAGUGAUAAAUUAGAUGAAAGCUUAGCUGAUUAUAAAAAAGUUUUAGAGUUUGAUAUAAAUAAUAAAGAUGCUUUGCAAGCUCAAUAUAGGUUACCUCCUCUCAUUGAAGCCAGAAAUGAAAAGCUUAAAACAGAAAUGUUAGGUAAAUUAAAGGAUUUAGGAAAUAUGAUUUUGAAACCCUUUGGAUUGUCUACUGAAAAUUUCCAGAUGGCCCAGAAUCCAGAUUCAGGAGGUUAUUCAGUCAAUUUUAAAAAUAAAUAACAAUACACAUUGUAGGUAUUAAAGUAUAAAUUCCAAACAUAUGUAGUUUUUAUUUUGUUCUUUAACAUUGAAGAGAAUACAGUACUAAGUUUUUCUUAUUUUAUAAUGACUUAUUUAUGUAUAUUAUUUACUGUUAAAUAAACUUGUGCACAUCUA